UUGUGUGCUCCUGGAUUAAUAAUCGUGUUGUGUUGUGUUGUGUUGUGUAAGUGUGUGUGAAGUGUGUGUGAGAGAGAAGUGUGAAAUGUGUGUGCUGUGGACAAUCCCAACAGCAGCGGCGCUUUUCUCAGGCGAUGGUUUGGCCCGCAGGGUUACAGGAAGUUGGAGCAGCUGCCAUGUUUAGCUGCUUUGUUGUAGAUUUCUUGUAGGUUUCCUGCAGAUUUUUUAGCUAAGUGUUGCAAUGGAGCCGAGCUGGAGCUCAUUUUUAUUUCAGACAAAUGACACUCUGCACCACCAGCACCAGGUUGGCCAGAACAGUCUGCUGCCUCUGCUUAAUGCUGGAACAGAACCCCAAGACCAAAAGCCUGUGCUCCCCAUCCCACUGGAGCAGAAGCCUCCAGUCAGUGCAGCCGAGCUCCUCAAGGACAACAUGGCCGGUGGGACAGGUGGAGGGGGAGGUGGGGGAGGUCCAGUGGUGGUUAAGAAGGAGCCCAAAUCAAAAACGCCCUUCAUCUGUGGCUACUGCAGCAAGUCCUUUCGAGACAGCUACCACCUGCGGCGGCACGAGUCUUGCCACACGGGCAUCAAGAUGGUGUCCCGGCCCAAGAAGACACCAGCAGCCCCCACAAUGGUGCCCAUGAUCUCCACUGUGCAACAGCGGGAUAGCAACGGCAACCCCACCUAUGUGUCUGCUGCAGGUAUCCUGACAGGCACCAAUUCAGCCACAGUGGCGUUGGGAGCAAUGGCCACUCUGCCCCAGCAGCAACCCAGCGUACCCAAAAAGCCCCCAAAGCCAGUGAAGAAAAACCAUGGUUGUGAGAUGUGUGGUAAAGCCUUCCGUGACGUCUACCAUCUCAACCGGCACAAGCUGUCGCACUCGGACGAAAAGCCUUUCGAGUGUCCCAUCUGCCACCAGCGCUUCAAGAGGAAGGACCGUAUGACCUAUCAUGUGCGCUCACACGAUGGUGGUGUGCACAAGCCAUACAUUUGCUCCGUCUGUGGCAAAGGCUUCUCCAGGCCAGAUCAUCUCAGCUGUCAUGUAAAACACGUUCACUCUACAGAGCGGCCUUUCAAAUGCCAAGUAACGGCCUGCACAUCUGCUUUUGCCACCAAAGACCGCUUACGCUCCCACAUGAUCCGGCAUGAGGGUAAAGUCACCUGCAACAUAUGCGGCAAGAUGCUAAGUGCUGCCUACAUCACCAGCCACCUGAAGACACACAGUCAGGCCGGCUUCACCUCGACCUGUAACAAAGGUACGCCAGCCCUCGCCCCUCACUCCUCCUCCACCUCUUCCUCUACCACUUCCUCCUGGCCUCCGCUCGCCUCGGCUGCGCCAAACCAGGACAACACACACUCAGACACUAAUAAUGCAUGCAAUUCUGCCUCAGCUACACCAGUUACUGCCUCGGCCACCACUGCCAGCAUGAACCGUGGAACCGUCAGCAACCCUGUCACCAUCUCCUCCAACACAGUGAAUAUCACAGCACCUGUGAGCCUGCAGCACCCGGUGACCAUCACUGCUCCGGUCAAUAUCGCCUCGGUGAACAUCCCUGCCACAGCAACCGGCAUGAACAUCGCUCAUCCAGUGGCCAUCAGCACCCCCAUGUCCAUGAACAUCACUGGCCCCCUCAACAUUGCCAUGAGGCCCAUGGAGAGCAUGCCGUUCCUCUCGCAGGUUUUGCCUUCCUCGCCACCUUGGUAGAACCCAAAUAACUUCUGAUUACUCAUCCAACCCAGUGUGUCUUAUUUUAAAUCCUGUUCUGGUCUUCCAUUAGUAGCGUGCUGUGAAGAAAGGGCAAGCAAGGAAGUAAGGUAGAGGUUCCAAGCUUAGUGUGGGUAGAUGGUAGCAGCAGAUGAGGAAAACGCAAAGAUCUAGUUGGUGUUAUGUAGGGGGUGCUCUGUUUAUCAUUAUCUUGGCUAUUGGCUAAGCAGAAAAAGAAAUGUAUAGGGUUUAGUGAAAUAGCUAAAGGAAGAAGAAAAAAGUUAGUUCAUGUAUGGUUUGGAAGCUGACAUGCUGUACGUUUGGUGAUUUUUGCAUCCUUAGUGCCAGAAGAUCUCAGCCAAUGACCAUUUGGAGAGAAGCAGAUCGUGCGCAUGACUGGUUUUAACAGUUUUAUUUUUAUAUUUUUUUAAAUUUUUUUUAUUUUGAACUGUGAUGACUUUUUUUUGUUUGUUUUAUAUUUUUAGCUUGCUGAUCAGUAUUCCCUAGUUUUAUUCAUUGAGUUAUGUACUACAAAAGGGACAGGAGCUUCCAUUUGUGGGAGAUAAUUAUUUUUAAUACUGUCUACAUACGAGUCUGUUUUGGAUUUACAUUCAUUGUAAGCCACUUAAAGCUGUAGCUAUUAUUUUAGUUUUAAAAUAUUUUCUGGAGUUGAUCAUUCCUGGUAGAAGAAAGAUUACAUAUUAUUCUUUUGAAUUGCUGGGACAUCUUUCUGUUUGGUGGGUGUUGGACAUGAAAUUAAAACACAAGUUUUGCACUGAUAACAUAUCUGAUUGGUUGUAUUCUAAUGGCAGUAUUAUAUGAAAUGUUUUUAAAUCUGCGGAGUUAAGUGUCUUUACCUAGAUGUCGGGCCGCCUAUUAGGCACCUUUUACUGAAAGGAGUUCGAGAUCUAAACAUGGUCCUUUUUAAGAGUGUUUUGUUCAGAACACUUUAUUCUUCUUCCUUUAAGGAUGAGGGCUGUACUCACAUGGGCCUCUUCUCAGGGUCUUUACUGAGAGAAUCCCACUCAUUUGACACUCGUGUUGGACACUUCUGGAAUUUUCACCUCUUUUAAUACACUAAACCAUUUUCUCUUUGUUGUCCCAUAAUUGUUAACUGUACCUGGGUGGAAGAUGCAUUGUGUUACAUUUAUGAAUUUUUUUUUUUUUUUAUGAUUACAGUUAAACCAAAACUGCCACCUAAUAUUCAGGGUUUGUUGAUUUUAUUAUUUUUUGUUUUUAUCAUGACACUUAUUUGUGUUCCAAAUGACUGUGGAAAGCUAGCAACGAACAAAAGCAAAGCGUUUCAUCCAUUUUGGAUGGUAAAAGCAAUAUUAAAGUUGUACUGCUUAUGAAUUCUUUUAAUUUCUGAUCAGUGAAGUGUAUUUAACUUCAAUAUCUAUCCAUUUCUGUAUAGUCCCCUUUCAUGAUUGUGCUUUAUAUGAGUGCACCAGGAUGAGUAAGAAAACCAGCUUAAUGUGAAAUAAAAGGCUCUUUUUAAACAGCAAACUAAAUGCCCAAACAUGUUCAUAUUUUUAUUUGACAUUACCUGAAAUUAUAAGCAGUAAUUGUUGUUAAAUCUGAUUCUUUGCUGAUCAGAGAUGUAAUGGAUUUGGGAUGAAAACGGAUCUGGACUGUGAGUUAAGAAAAGCCUAAGAGCUACUGGAUGUUCACUUUUUUUCAUGAAUUACGUUGUCUCCCCAUUUCAACGAUCAACAUCACAACUUCCCCAUGCAUUGCAUGAACUUUUCAUUUUAGAACCUUGGCACCCAAAACACUCGUCUUGAUGUCCUUCAGAGGACGUUGCCUUGUUUAACAGGGGUGUCGUCUUUAGGGAAAACACUGAGAACUGGAAUUUGAAGAAUGAGACUGAGGUGACUGGUUGAAAGCAUUACAGAACUUUUUGAAGUAUGCUUGUGAUAAAUAUAUGGCCCUCCAGUGGCAUCACUUCUGUGCCUGAUCUGAAAAUGCCACAUAGGAACAUGACUGUCCUGUUUACCAAAUCUCUGUGAAGAUUUUAGAUCUAUUUUGCUUUGGAGAUUAUCACGUAUAAGGAAUGAUCACUGUCAUUAGCUUUUCUUUUCCCUGAAGUAUUGUUUUAUGCCUUAUGCACCAACAGUAUCUUUUAAAGAAAUGUUUGAUUAUUAGUGAGGGGUGGGAGAUAUUUUAAGUUUUACAUUGGAAAAUAAAAUGGUAGUUCUGUCCUUUUACAGCUUGUUUUGAUCAAUUGGCAAAACCAUGUGAAUGCCAGUGAAUGUAUAUCUUUGUACAAAACAGUUAGCUCAGAGGAUGUCGUAGGUAUGGUAGACAAGUGCAAGGAAAAAAUAAAAUAACCUUUUAUAAAACUUUUUGUAUUAGAACAUUAACAUUGAUAAUUUUGUAUAUAUGAAGACUAGGAAAUUUUUUGGUUAGCAGAAAGGUGAAGCAUUCCUACAUUUUUUUAAAUGUAUGUAUGUCACGAACAGUUAUGUAAACACAAUGUUUUAUGUGCCUUUUAUUUGGGUUGUCUAAAUAAAAGAAAAUUGUAAAACA